GUAUCACAUACACUUUAUAUUCUCUAAUACAUAUAUCCUCUAAACUCUUAACCAAACAAAAAAGGAGCAAAAGAGAAAGUUCAAGAAAGAAAAAUGAUAAGGGAAGAAUGUACUCCAAGUUCAUCAUGGUGGGAAGAUGUUCAACAUCAUCAUAAUGAUCAUGCAAACUCCAUUAGUUCGACGUCGUUUUACCACAAGAAUAGUAACUCAUACGCAAACGCUAGCUGUGAAGGAGACAAUCUCUCGAUCUCGACAGUAAACGCUUCAAAUCGUUUUGACCUAACCGCUGAAUCCUCCAAUCAUCACUCUCUCUCAGCUCCGGAUCAGCCUGCGUCCUCCUCUAAUGAGUUGCUCCGAGACCAUGCCGUCUCUUCACAUAAUCAUCUAUGGAAUCUUGCCUUCAUGCCUGGUAGGAGCUUAGGAGACCAAAUGAUGGAUCAACAUCAUCAUCAUAAUCACAUAACAACAUCUUCUAGAAAUAAUUCGUCAUCAACAUCAGAAUUACCUUUUGAGCCAGUCUGCGAUAACGCUAGCGGAAACGGUUGGAUCUACGAUACAAACCAAGGUAGGUACGAUCAAAUUAGUGAACGAAGGCUGUCAUCAAAGCAAACGGACCUAGUAGGCAAACACUGGUCGCUUGCGCCACCGAAUAAUCCCGACAUGAACCAUAAUAACCUUCAUCAUCACUUUGAUCAGACGACAAACGACGACGUUUCUAUGUUUAGACAAGCGUUGGAAGUGAAAAAUGAGGAAGAUCUUUGUUACAAUAAUGGAUUGAGUGGUGGUGCUUCGUUAUUCCAUGAUGCUAUAGAAAGUUCUAGAAGUUUCCUUGAUAUAAGGUUAAGUAGGCCAUUAACGGAUAUUAAUCCGUCGUUUAAACCAUGCUUUAAGGCCUUAAACUUGUCUGAGUUUAACAAGAAAGAGCAUCAAACGACAUCACUGCUAUUUUUGCAGGCAGCUGUGAGGUUGGGAACAACAAACGCCGGCAAGAAGAAAAGAUGUGAUGAAGUUUCCGAUGAGGUCUCAAAGAAGGCCAAGUGCGGCGGUGGCUCUACACUCUCGCCGGAGAAGGAGUUACCGAAAGCUAAGCUUCGAGACAAGAUCACGACUCUCCAGCAAAUUGUGUCUCCCUUUGGAAAGACGGAUACUGCUUCUGUGCUUCAAGAGGCCAUCACUUACAUAAAUUUCUAUCAAGAGCAAGUAAAGCUGCUAAGCACUCCCUAUAUGAAGAACUCAUCAAUCAAGGAUCCAUGGGGAGGAUGGGACAGAGAAGAUCACAACAAAAGAGGACAAAAACAUCUGGACCUAAAGAGUAGAGGGCUUUGUUUGGUUCCUAUUUCUUGCACCCCAAUUGCAUACCGCGAUAACAGUGCAACUGACUACUGGAGUCCCUCGUAUAGAGGUUCUUUGUAUCGUUGAUCUUAUCAGCAAAAUCAACUGGCAUAGAUAGAAAGUGU